CCGGCGGAGGGCGGGCCGGGAGCGCGCUGGUGCUGAUGCGGGAUGGCUGAGCGCGCAGGGGCCCGGGAGCUCUGAGCCGGGCGAGCCUCGCAGCCUGCGCAUCGCCUGUCCGCCGGCCGCGUGGUCGCGGGCAGUCCGGCCGGGGCCGGCGCAGGGAGGUCUGCAGCCGGCGGGCCGGAGGCUGAGAGGCUGCACCCACCCGGUCUCCGAGCGGCGGGAGCUGCCCAUCCUCCGAAUCCGCGAUGACCUGCUGAGAAGCUCCGUGGCGGCUGCUGGAGGCGGCCUCGCUGCGGGCGGCGCGGUUCGCGGCCUCCUCCCUCGUCGCCGAUCCCGGCCCCCCACCCUCCCCGCGCCCCCUCCCCGCCGCCGGCCGCGAUGGCGGACCCAGCUGAAUGCAGCAUCAAAGUGAUGUGCCGGUUCCGGCCCCUCAACGAAGCGGAGAUCCUCCGCGGGGACAAAUUCAUCCCCAAAUUUAAAGGCGACGAGACCGUGGUCAUCGGGCAAGGGAAACCAUAUGUCUUCGACAGAGUGCUGCCUCCCAGCACGACCCAAGAGCAGGUUUACAGUGCGUGUGCAAAGCAAAUUGUCAAAGAUGUCCUGGAAGGUUACAAUGGGACAAUCUUUGCUUACGGGCAGACUUCAUCAGGAAAAACGCAUACCAUGGAGGGGAAGCUGCAUGACCCUCAGCUCAUGGGGAUCAUCCCAAGGAUUGCACACGACAUCUUUGACCAUAUAUAUUCCAUGGAUGAAAACCUGGAGUUUCACAUCAAGGUUUCCUAUUUUGAGAUCUACUUGGACAAAAUCAGGGACUUACUCGACGUAUCCAAGACAAACUUGGCUGUUCAUGAAGAUAAAAACAGAGUCCCAUAUGUAAAGGGAUGCACUGAGCGGUUUGUAUCCAGCCCCGAGGAAGUCAUGGAUGUGAUAGAUGAAGGCAAAGCAAACCGACACGUGGCUGUAACAAACAUGAACGAACACAGCUCUAGAAGUCACAGUAUCUUCCUGAUUAAUAUUAAACAAGAGAAUGUAGAGACCGAGAAAAAACUCAGUGGGAAGCUUUAUCUGGUUGAUUUGGCCGGGAGCGAAAAGGUCAGCAAAACUGGUGCCGAGGGAGCUGUUCUCGACGAAGCUAAAAAUAUCAAUAAGUCUUUGUCUGCUCUUGGAAACGUGAUCUCUGCCUUGGCAGAAGGGACAAAAACACACGUGCCGUAUCGGGACAGCAAGAUGACUCGGAUUCUUCAGGACUCUCUGGGUGGGAACUGUAGAACUACUAUUGUUAUUUGCUGUUCUCCUUCUGUCUUCAAUGAAGCUGAGACCAAAUCUACAUUGAUGUUUGGACAAAGGGCCAAGACCAUCAAGAACACGGUCUCUGUGAACCUGGAGCUGACCGCUGAGGAGUGGAAGAAGAAAUAUGAGAAAGAGAAAGAGAAAAACAAGACUUUGAAGAAUGUUAUCCAGCAUCUGGAGGUGGAGCUAAACAGGUGGAGAAAUGGAGAAGCAGUGCCUGAGGACGAGCAGAUCAGUGCUAAGGACCAGAAGACCUUGGAGCCCUGUGAUAACACCCCCAUCAUCGACAACAUUGCUCCCGGGGUCGAUGCUGUGGUCGCCAGCAUCUCUGCUGAGGAGAAGGAGAAGUAUGACGAGGAGCUCUCCAGUCUCUACAGGCAACUGGAUGAUAAGGAUGAUGAAAUUAACCAGCAGAGCCAGCUGGCUGAAAAGCUAAAGCAACAGAUGUUGGAUCAGGAUGAGCUUCUAGCUUCCACAAGAAGAGACUAUGAGAAGAUCCAAGAGGAGCUGACACGGCUCCAGAUUGAAAACGAGGCGGCCAAAGACGAGGUGAAAGAAGUCCUGCAGGCCCUGGAGGAGCUGGCCGUCAAUUACGACCAGAAGUCCCAGGAGGUGGAGGACAAGAUGAGGGCCAAUGAACAGCUGACUGAUGAGCUGGCCCAGAAAACGACCACACUGACAACCACACAGCGCGAGCUGAGCCAGCUGCAAGAGCUCAGCAACCACCAGAAGAAGCGAGCCACCGAGAUCCUGAAUUUGCUGCUGAAGGACCUGGGGGAGAUAGGCGGCAUCAUCGGCACCAACGACGUGAAGACUCUGGCAGACGUGAAUGGCGUCAUUGAGGAGGAGUUCACCAUGGCCCGUCUGUACAUCAGCAAGAUGAAGUCAGAGGUCAAGUCCCUGGUGAACCGCAGCAAGCAGCUCGAGAGCGCCCAGAUGGACUCCAACAGGAAGAUGAAUGCCAGUGAGCGGGAGCUGGCCGCCUGCCAGCUGCUCAUCUCCCAGCACGAGGCCAAGAUCAAAUCCCUGACGGACUACAUGCAGAACAUGGAGCAGAAGAGGAGGCAGCUGGAAGAGUCCCAAGACUCGCUCAAUGAGGAGCUGGCCAAGCUCCGAGCCCAAGAAAAAAUGCACGAAGUCAGCUUCCAGGAUAAGGAGAAGGAACACCUGACGCGGCUGCAGGAUGCCGAGGAGAUGAAGAAGGCGCUGGAGCAGCAGAUGGAGAGCCACCGGGAGGCUCACCAGAAGCAGCUGUCCAGACUUCGCGAUGAAAUUGAGGAGAAGCAGAAAAUCAUUGAUGAGAUUCGGGAUUUGAAUCAGAAACUGCAACUGGAACAAGAGAAGCUCAGCUCUGAUUAUAACAAGCUGAAGAUCGAGGACCGGGAGAGGGAGAUGAAGCUGGAAAAGCUCCUGUUGCUCAAUGACAAAAGGGAACAAGCCAGGGAGGACCUCAAAGGGCUGGAGGAGACAGUGUCUCGGGAGCUGCAGACUCUGCAUAACCUCCGCAAGCUCUUUGUCCAGGACCUGACUGCCCGGGUGAAAAAGAGUGUGGAGCUGGACAGCGACGAUGGCGGGGGCAGCGCUGCCCAGAAGCAGAAAAUCUCCUUCCUGGAGAAUAACCUGGAGCAGCUCACGAAGGUCCACAAACAGCUGGUCCGGGACAACGCUGACCUGCGCUGUGAGCUGCCCAAGCUGGAGAAGCGGCUGCGCGCCACGGCCGAGCGCGUCAAGGCCCUGGAGAGCGCGCUGAAGGAGGCCAAGGAGAACGCCAUGCGGGACCGCAAGCGCUACCAGCAGGAGGUGGAUCGCAUCAAGGAGGCUGUGCGCGCCAAGAACAUGGCCCGGAGGGCCCACUCGGCCCAGAUUGCCAAGCCCAUCCGGCCCGGACACUACCCAGCGUCAUCUCCGACAGCCGUUCACGCCAUCCGAGGGGGAGGAGGCGGCUCAUCAAGCUCCACUCAUUGCCAGAAAUAAAUAAAUCUGACUCUCCACGUAGCAUGUCAAGGACGAAAUUAAUCACCAAUUCCUUCCCCCGCCCCUCCACCCCAACCCCUCUCCUACACACUUUUCUUUCCCACUUGCUUACCCAGCCAUCUGCAGUACACCCGUUUCAGGUAUUUGAGCUGUGUAGAAGUUCUGUGUGCAGACGUGUGCUUGGACCGCUCUCUUCCUGAGAAAUCUGAAGGGGUGAUCACAGAAGAUCCACUCACUCCUGGGAACCACCGCUGCAGACUUGGCCUUGGGCCUCGGGCCUCGGGUAGUCUCGGGCGGCCCCUGCACUGUCCAGCAAACGCCCUAACUUGCCAUUCAGGUGGUGCAGGGGGACAACCAAGUGCCGUGGAGGCAGGUGAUCACACUCUGCUGAAACUGUCUGGUUUCCUGUAAAAUAGACACUUUAUAUUUUUAGGGAGCAAACAAAGUGCUGCCAUAGGGUUCAAAAUUUUCAUUCUGAACACUUUUCCAAAACAAAUUACUCCUAGGAAGCAUUUUGACUACCCUAGUCACAUCUUUGGAUCUGUAAAGUACACCUUUUAGUAUGACAUCCGUUAAAAUGCAAAGCAAAUUUCUUCAAGGCAGAAAAACAAUCUGACAGCAGCAAUGUAGAAUUUGUUCAUUCAAACACAUCUCUGUGAACGUGAAAAGUCAUAAAAUUCACCUCUGAGUUGGUUGCUAUUGAACCGGCAGCGACGAGUCUCAGCCAGCCCGGUGUGAGCACCACUCCUUCAGAAGUGCUGGAGGUGCCGCCGAGUUGGAUGAGUGGAAGUGGGGUUGCCCCCUUCGCCCUGACCCGCCUGGAGUGGCAUCUGGGUGGCCUCUUUCUCUAGGGAACCAUCUGAAGCCUCGAGGGGGUAUUGCUGCCGAAACCCAGGAUCAUUCUGCAGUUGAAAGAGGAAGCCCCCGGGAGAGUGUAAUGGACAAAUUUUUGUGCCUAUGAAUAAGUUGCCACAAAUAAGUUAUUUUAACUCAUCAUUCUGACUGUUUGGGUCCUCUUUUUGGCAUCAAACAUAGGUUUUAUCUUCUUAGGCAGAAUUAGAAGAAAUCAAUAUGGAUGGAUUUUAAGAAAUAUAUACCUGUUGCUAUAUUCAGAUACAUGAAUCUAAACUGAAUCAACUCUCCCUGGUGUGCAUAUGAACAUGAUGGAUUUCCAAGUAGUCAAGUUUUCAGGGAAAAUGACAAGGAUUCAAUUAAGUUGUUCUUCUGUGCUGCUACUGUUUUGACACAUUUGAGGAUAAGUCCAUGACAACCAACCAAACUCGGUGAAGGCACCCGUCCUCCUGCUACUGUGCCUGCCCAACAGGAGCGAGCUGGCACUGCCCCGCUGCUAUCACCCCGGAAUGAAAUGUGUUGGGGAGACGUUGGGCUUUCUAGUGGCUGUGUGGACAGAAGAUUGUUCAAGGCGCGUGUGCGUGUGUGUGUGUGUGUGUGUGUGUGUGUGUGUAUGUGUAUGUGUGUGUAUGAGAGAGAGAGAGAGAGAGAGAGAGAGAGAGAGAGAGAGAGAGAGAGAGAGAGAGAGAGGGGAGAAAGCACUAAGGACUGAAUUCACCUCCAAAAUCCUGUAUAAAAUUUCCUAACAAAGCAAAGCUGCUUUAUUUAUUUGUUAAAUGUUACUUUUCGUUUGUGUGUGUUUUGUUUUGGGGGUGAGAGGAGUAAGGAGAGAAGAGGAUGAAUUCUACAUGAAGUAUUUAUUUGAAAAAGAUGACAAUUUUGCAUCUUUAAAAUUCUUCUGUUUGAUUUUCUUAUGUUGUUGUCAGCACUCGUGCAGUAUAAACUGCCCAAUUGUUAUUUGCAAUCUGUUAGAAGGGUCCUUGUAGGACGGGUUUUGCAGCCCUUACCAGGUGAUAACAUAUGCCAUAUUUAUAACCUUGCCUUUGAUCUUAGAUGCUAAAACAUUGGUCUUUGAGUAGAUUACCAAUGACUAAUUGUCAUACCACUACUGUCUGUUAUGCAACUGUAUUACUUUGUGUUUAGAAAUUAAACCAAGGUCAAUAAUUUAUUUUUGGCUCUCUUGUUAUAGAUUAUUUUGGUUUUUUUCCAAAGUAAUUUUUUCCUGGGUACCCCUUUUCUACUUCUAAAGAAUUGCAUGGCCCUUUCAUGUUUCAAAGAAACAGUCACUUGUAGUUCCGUAUUUCUUGAUCUCCACAAGGGACUCACAGAAUUCACUUCACUUUUAUUCACAGAGAAAGUUGGCUUUGAUGUCUCUUAAAGAUACUUCCGCUAGUUGCUGAUCAGCCAGUCAGUUCACCUAGCUUUGAUCUUUAUAGGACCUCGAAACUAAGUUUCCUCACUGUGACCAACCGGCAGAUUAUUGGAAUGGAUCAUACAGUACGUUCAAGCAGAUUCUUAAGUAUUUCUUUAAUAAUAAGCUAAUUUUGAGAUCAUAUAUUCUGUAGGCCACUUGUUUAGAAAGCCACAUGUAUACAACUUUAAUUUUUUUAGACUAUUGCUCCAUUACACUUGGAUUCUAAAUGUAAAAAGCCACACUUCUGAAGGCCAAUAUAUAUGGUUAUAUAUUGGUUGUAUGCUGCUUUUUGCUAGUGUGUGUGUGUGUGUGUGUGUGUGUGUGUGUGUGUAAGUGGUGUGUUUGUGCGGUGUGUGUGUGUGUGUACAUGUGCCAUGUGCUUUUCUUUAAAUAAUUUUAUAUUUCAUGCUACUUCUUGAAUGUUUACUCUGAUUCUUGAAGAGCAUACUAGGUGGUUUAUUCAGAUGAACUCUACCUACAGGAUAGGGGAUUGUUAAUUUAGAGGAGUGCUGUUGGGGAUAUCAGAUGUAUGGUUGGAGACUAAACUAUAUUAAUGCCAAAUGAGUUCUGGUCACUCACCAGAGACUUCUGUACAAGCGCAUCAUCUCUUUAAACACUACAGUUGGCUCUUGUUGAAUGGCGAGGGGUAAGGAGAACAUUAAGUGUAGAUUAAGGGUUUUAAAGAAAUACUAUCAUAUGAUUAAAUUAGGCUUUAUAGAAAUAUUGGGAUAAAUGGAGAAAUAAGAAUGUCUGUCUAGAACGUAGCAUCUAAUGUAUUUGAAGCCCUAAGUUCACACAAGAAACUGAUACUCCUGCCCAAGGCCAGACCAAGCCGUCACCAGGACUCAAGGAGGAGCUAUGGGUUCUCCUUUCCUGCAGGAGCAACUGAAAGCAAAUCAAAGCUCUCAACAGUCCCCUCUUUGCAGUGCAUGUUUUUAGCAGCACAGAAGACACGUUGGGGAAGUUUUUCAUUGGCGAGGCAGGGGGCGUGUUCACUUCAUUCCCUUCCUUGGCUCACCCUGCAUAUCUUGAACAAGUUGAAGGAACCAUCGUAGACUACAACAGCUUCAUUUAACAUUCAACUUAGACUUUUUAGAAAUAUUACGGGCAAGGGCCAGGGAGCACUGCUCUGUGGAGUCGGACUGUACAUGGCAGGUUAUGUAUCCAUUUUAACCAGUUUCCAUUGGGUGUGGAGGUGAAGGGAAGAGGGCAUCAGUAGAAUUACUCAUGUCUAGUUUGUAAAGUAUGUAGUGUGUACUGCAGAUGUAUGAUUGCUGGACUCUGUGUAUCUGUACAGUAGCUUUCAUUUUAAAAAUUGUGGGAAAACUUGGUGGUUUGAAGGGGAGAAUUCAGUUUAUAUCAAGUAACAAUGCUGUAAUAUAGUACAUGUAACAAAAAAUCUGGAAGUAACCCUCCCUUGGCCCAUGGAAAAUGUUGGUUUCUUCUGGGUUCUAAAAUGAAGACGUAUGGAUACUCUGGCAGACUGCAUGUUGUAUAAUUUGAAAAAUACUAAAAGUGGAAAAUAAACUUGACUUAAGCUUUG